AUAGAUGCGCUUGAUAUUAUACAUUUAUAAAGUCAGAGGACUGGUGCAAGACAUAUUAAAAAUAGAAGCAAUUGAGAUGAAUACGAAUGAAUAUCCAGACCUUUUGAGUGGGGGUUCAAAAUCGGUACAUCCUACAUUUCCCAUAGUGCAAUUUAAUAGCAUCUUUCAUCAGACUUCCCCUGCCUUUAUAAAUGUAGAACUGUGUAGUCUUAUACAAACUCACAGUUAGCAAAUGAGGAUGUAAGAUCUAGUCACAUGUUAUUUCAACAAUGAAUUUCUGCUUUAAAACAAAUCAGACAUCCCCUCCACACAUCCUGCUGUAUGAUGAAAUUGAGUGUCAGGCAGCCUCGCCGGAUGAAACAGCCCCUCCUCCUUCCCAUUCUGGCACAGUGACCAAGUGUUUCAGCUCGGUCAUGUGUUUAUAGACUACAGUUAGGUGGAGGAGGCUGGUGGCUCGCUGGAACAGGCAGAUAAGCAUUAUUGCUGUGUACGCCCCCUUAUGUAUACACAAGAUGAACUCAAUUUGUGGCUUGGAUGUAAGCAGGAUAAUCAUUAGUACAUUUCUCAGUGCUUUAUAGUGGACUGAAAGUGUUCUAAUGCAGAAAAAAUGGACCUAGGAGACAAAAACAUUGUUGAAAUGAUAGCAAAAGUUAUAGAAGAAGCUUCGGACACAGAUGAUAACCGCGAGGUGUUGAUGGCUGGUAGACAUUAUGUGUCCAUCCAGGAGUUUGCCUCAGCAAUCCCCAACCACCUUCUCCUGGGGUCUCUCCUUGAGCACCUAUGCUUCGUCUACGAGAGCAAUCCAGCUCGCUCACGCACGCUGUUUAAAGUCAUUGGACAGCGUUUAGCUGCCAUGAACCUCCUCUCCCCUCUGGCCAUAAGCGAUGAGUUCAGCACUGUCAGACUCCAACACAACCGGGCCUUCACUGAGCUGCUACAUGCUGCCAGCUCCUCGCUGUAUCCACAGGGCCAAUGUCUCAGCACAAACGCACAAAAUUCUACAGUAAGACCUAAGGAGGGACUCUUUCAAGCGCAGACAUCCCGGUAUCUUAGUGAAUUUGAAGAAAUAUGCAGACUUGGAAAAGGAUCAUAUGGAAAUGUUUGUAAGGUUAUGAACAAGCUGGAUGGACAGUGCUACGCUGUGAAGAAAAUUCUCAUCAAAAAAGUCUCAAAGGACGACUGCAUGAAGGUCCUCAGGGAGGUCAAAGUGUUGUCCAGCCUGCAGCAUGUAAAUGUCGUGGGCUAUCACACUGCGUGGAUGGAACAUGUUCAGCCUGCGGCACAUCCCAAGACUCUCCUGCCUGCACUGGAAUCACCUGAAGAACAAGAAAGUUCUAUUGAGAGCCCUGACAGCAGCAGCAGCAGCUCUUCGAUAGUCUUUCAAAGCCUCAGCGAAGCGGCGUCUGCCAAAAUACCCCCAAGAGACACCCAGCCUGUCAAAGCUUUAGUUCCAGCCCAAGAGAAGGGUCAAGUGGUGUGUCCCAAGACAAUGCGCCGCAUCCCCACAAACUACGUCCCCUGUGUGUUCCUGGGACAGCGAGAUCCCGCAAAGGGCUCUAAAUGUCCCGCCACGGGCUUGGACAGUUCAGCACUGUUAGAGGAGGAGUCCAGCAGGAGUAGCAUCGAACUGAACAACAACUUCUGCAUUGACAGGGAAUAUCCUCAGUGGGCUGACAUUCACACAACAAAGCCUUCUACAGAGGUACAGUUCCACUUGAUGCUCUACAUCCAGAUGCAGCUGUGUGAGCGCUCACUGAAGGACUGGAUCUUUGAAAGGAACACCAAGCCCAAAGAAGAACACACCUCAAGAUGUCCGUAUGGAUGUGUUAAUACUGAACAAUCACUCAACCUGCUGAAAAGGAUACUUGAAGGAGUAGAGUACAUUCACUCCAGGGGAAUCAUGCACAGAGAUCUGAAGCCAAGGAACAUUUUCCUCCAUGGUCAUGACUGCCAUGUCCGUAUCGGGGACUUUGGUUUGGCCUGCAGAGAUAUAAUAAUGGAUGGCCAUAAAAGGAGCACCUCUCCCAGCAGUGAUUCUUCACACACUACAGGUGUUGGCACAUUUGUGUAUGCAGCACCAGAACAACUGAAGGACUCACAUUAUGAUUCAAAGUCAGACAUGUACAGCAUCGGUGUGCUGGCUUUUGAGCUAUUUCAGCCCUUUGGGACAGAGAUGGAGCGGGUCCGGACCCUCGGGGACCUGAGAGAGGGGAAAAUCCCAGACUCGUUCUGCCAAAGAUGGCCAGUCCUGACAAAGUACAUCAUGAAGCUGACGAGUAAAGAGCCCAGUGUUCGGCCCACAGCCACCCAGCUUCUACAGAGUGAACUCUUCUGCAGUAAAGACAUAGUGAUCCAUGGUUUGCAGAGAAAGGUUGAAGAGCAAGAGGAAGAGAUCAUGGAGCUGAGAAGACAGAUCAGUCAGCUUCAGAGCUCACAAGUCACAGUUCAUUUCUCAAAGACAGACAAGACCUGAGCCUCAGACUCUCAGGAGACUCUCAACUCUCCACAGACUGUCAAAACUUGAUUUAUUCUACCACUGCUGUACUAUGUUUUACCUACUUUGUACAAGUGGUAGAGUGCGUGUGUGUGCGUGUAUGUGUGUGUGUGGGCGUGUAAGCAUUUGAGUGUGUAUUGUACACCUGGAUGUAAGGGUGCUAUUAUUUAUCUUCAUUCAGCUGUCCAAUAAAACAUAUUUCUGCCAAACCUUGUGGGGUUUCUAA